AACAGUGUCGGGUGUAUCAGAAACCUAGCAUGAUCAAUAUAUAUAGCACACACCUUCAUAUCCAAUACAAAAUACCUGAUAUACGAAAUGGCUGUAUGCAGUACGCGGCGUUGAGCGGUGCCUACCCGCUUUAAGACUUAGUCUAUUAAGAAAUCAUUGAGAUCAAUAUAAUGGCAUUCGAGAGUUAAACGGACUAGUGUGCGAAUGGAUUGAACUUCGGCUGCCUAUUUGUGUAAGGGAAACAAUAUAUAUCGGCGUGAAAUAGAAUACAUUUCAGGUUACUUCUGCAUGGAAAAGGGGCUUUAGAAAAUACAGAAGCUUUCAUAAUUGGAAAAUAUUAACAACAUAAUUUUGCUGUGAGAGAAUAUGCAAAGCUUAGAAAACUGUGCUGGACAGGUAUCAUGAAAUUCGGGUGAUCGUUUUUACAAGACGGUGAAAAGCUAUUAAAAAGGGUGUUGUGAUUAUGGCAUAAUAUUUACCAAUAUAACAUUUGAACGGACGACUUCGAUAACAAGAAAACGCCUUAAAGGCUUUGGAGUGACAGCGGCGAUAGAAACUUCUGUAAACACAUUGACAAAGUUUAAGUGAUUAUUUGUCAGAUUGAAUAAAGGGGAAAUAUUCACAAGAUUUUAAGUGUGUCUUGACAGACGGAAUGGCUACAUUAAAUGAUAUAUAAAGGCUUUAUUUAAACUCGUGAUUGUAUUUGCUAUACGAUCGGAGAAUGGAAGGAUAAACCAACCAGCCACUACCGACCGUUAUUCGCCUCUACAUCGACGUGAUACACAGACAUGUGACGAUUCACUUGAACAGGAGCAAAAUGUAUUACCGUAAUGUGGAAAAGUCGAGCACGUGUCCCCGAGUAUUACAAAGACGUUCCCAGUCAGCACGCGAGACCUACCACCCAUCCAUCACUGAUCUAAGCGAGCAGGCUCUCAGACUCCCGAACGGAUUCAGCUCAGACGAAGAAACUAAUAUUUAUCCAUUAACUAAUGGACACUUUGGUGAGCGGUCAGUCAGACUGGACUUGACGAAUGAAGAUUUUACCUCUAAAGGAGACGAUUUACCAAAUGGAAAACACUCGGAAGUGAAUGGCACGAAUCACAUGAAUGACGUGACAUUAUCACGGCCGCCCAGUAUUCGUAUACAUUCAACGAGGCUCCCUAAGGUUCCCGAUGACAGUUACAGGGAGAGAGUCUGUUUGUCAGCUAAUAAUCGGUAUAAGAUUGGCGGGUAUCAUCGACGUCCGCGAAGCGUUGAAAUCGGGCGUCUGUCGUCUGCUCGCUCGCCACGUUCUAUUCCGAGUGGAUAUUCAGACGCUGACAUUGAAAAUAACAAUUUUGUACCACCGAAUUUCAUCAUCAGGAACUCAUCUUCUACGUCGCCAAACACAGCCAGUUCAAUCCCAAACACAAAAAAAAAUUUGGAUGACAUUCAGCAGCGGUCACAAAACAAGGGGAGACAACCGGGAACACAACUAUCAAACGGCUGUGAAGAAAAAGUCAAUGGGUUCCACCAGCACCUAGUGAACAAACAUCCUCUCCUGAAACAGCGUAUAUCUCGUUGGUUAACAAACGGUUUCAAAAUUCAAAGUUUAAGAUCGAAAAGUGUCCGUAAUUUACCAGGCGAUCGCCGUCCGUCUUCUGAACGGCAUUCUUGGAGUCGGGGAUCUCGAAGGAAGUUCUCGGAGCACAAUCUUGUUGAGGAAAUGAGAAAAAUAAAAUUGCGCCAGCAGAACAUGACAAGUGAGGUCGCAUCCUGUAAUCAAAAUGACUGGGCAUUGACAUCAUCGCUAACAAUCACAAACCUGUCGAGGGACAUGACGGGUCCAUAAAGAAACAUUACGAUGCCAUAUUCAGAUUACUUAACAUUUUACAUUGUGUGCUUGAUUCGGGCUGACGCAUGGCAUCACUUAUAGGAACGCAAAGCGAUACAAUAUCGCUGUGAAGGUUGUUAAAUCGGCAUUUACUCAACCCGAGAGCAAACAUUGGACCUCAAAGAAUACUAUCCGUCUCUGAAGAGACAACUCGUGCAUUUCAUGUUGUAGAACUACUUAAAUUUGUUUAUCUGGUUAGCCACGUGUUAUUUACUUACUUGAUAUGGUAUUAAUCUAGUUUGAGACACACUACACAUCCAUCAGGAUGUGCAUUUUUAAGUCUCAUGUCAGACUAAUAGUACAUCUAGUCAGUACAUACCCAAGUAUUACGCAUAUUACUCGUAUUUCAUCCUUUAUUCUAUAUACUAUAUGUUCAAUUCUUAUGUCCGUUAUGUCCUGUGAACUAUGGAUUCUUUGUAAUUGUGUGAUUCCAGGCAAAUACACGAUAAUACAUAUUUAUUAGUAAUUUUUAAAUAUUAGAUAUACGCACUUCGUACUUUACGCAUCUCAUGCUUAGCUUGACACAUCAUUAUAAAUAUUGCUUGAAAUGAAUACUCUUGUGUUGCUUCUAGUAAUAUGUUUUAGCUAAUGCGCUAAUUUCAUCUUGUUUUAACAGCAUAAUAUCAAAACAAUGACAUUCAAUUGUAUCAUCUACAUAUGUAUGCUGCUCGGUAAAGAGACAAAACAAAUAAUGUGCAGUUUCUUCAGAAAGUGUUUAACUGAAUGGCAAUUAUGCAAGGUGUCUGUAUUGAUGUUGAAAAGCAAUCCAUUCCACUGUUGCUGUCGCCGUUUACCUGUAUAGGCAAUCAUCUCUGACCAAGAACGAUACUCUAUAAAAACAGUGUUUUAUUCCUGUAUCAUAGCUAGCUAGAAUUAUAUUGGGACAUGACGUCAUCUCACAUUAUAGUUUAACUUCAUAAUUUCCACGAUUAAUUACUGACGACGAACAGGCAUUUUAUAACAUAAUAAAACGAUUUUAGAAUUGAUUAAUGUUUUGUUUGUUACCUGCGGGUCAUAUAUUUUUUUAUUAUAUUUUCAUCUCUAAUAAAUAACGUUCGUUAGAUUAAAGUCAUGUUUAGAUUUCGGUAUUUUUCGGUUUUAAUUUCACAAAAAUAAUAUUUGAUGAAUUUUACACCAUACUCUCGCCUGUUCUGACAGGUCUUGUCCCGAUUUUAAAUUUAAAUGACAUUAUGUUCUCAGGCACUCCAGCGAGCAACACAUUUAAAUAUGAAUUUAGUAUUAUAUAUAUCGAUUGAUAUGUACAAAUGUAGCUGUGUCGUGUAAAGCCACUGUUCUUCUAGAAAUCUCCAAUUACGGAAGAGGCAAAAUGGGUGUAAAUCCAAAACAUGCGGGGUUUUUUUGGUUUUUUUUUUACGUCAUAUUACACUGUGACAACUAUGGUGAUUACAUCUAAAAGGGAAGCUAUAAAUCUAGUGUUUAUUUAACCAAAAGCAUAAUCAUUUUCAUAUUUGUGGUAAUUAGAACAUUUCCAAAAAUAAUCAAAUAAAUAUUCUAUAUCAAUAAGACAGGUUUGAAGAAUGUGGGAAUUAAACAAUGUUAAGACUAGACUGCGGGAAUUUACAUAGUACUAAAUAAAACCACUUACGGUUUUACGCAAAAAGCAUUUUAUCUAUGACUCGGUAUGUAAUAAUUAAUACAAUACGUACAAUCAAAUAAAACAAAUACAUAAUUUUCGUAGUAAUAAAUGAUCACUAGAUAUUUUUAUGCAUCGUUAAGGUCAUUCUGUUGAAUGUGUCAAAGUCUCAUGUAUCCAUCUUUCGUAGCGAUUAUCACAGAUAUAUACAAUUGUACUGUUUUGUCACUUGUGUUAUGUCGAUCGUAAAUUGUGUUCGAUAUCUGUAAUCAUUGACACUGUCUCCGUUACUGAUGAAACAGAGCUGGGGAUACAGAUCUGUAGAUGCCCUGUUACUAUGCAUAGUCUAAUUGUAUUAUUCCACACUUUAGUCAUAGUGAUGACUAGAUUUCUUUACAGAGCAGUAUUGUGAUAACAAUGUUAACUAUUUUACAAUUAUGAAUGGAAUCAUGACGAUGACAAAUCAUGCACCGAGCAGUACGUUUAUAGUAUAUACCGAACGGUGAUUAAUUCAUAAUAGUAUUGUGUGUUGUAAAGUGGAACAUCAUUAUAAAUAUUACAGUAAAUUGUUUCGUCGUGUUC